CGUCCCCGCACAGCCCAUCGCGUGGUCUUCCUUGGCUUCCAUAUUGCGGCGAUAGCCUCGGGAUUCCGCCCGGUGAUCGAGCGUCCGGUGUCCAGCGAUCUCCUCCUCUUAUCCUUACGUGAUCCGUGCAGAGAGGGAAGCCCGGCUGGUCGGAGCGCUGAUCCCCGCCCGGGUGGUGGUGGGCAAGGGAGAUGGCGACUCAGGUAGAGGCUCCGCUUAUGCCACCGCCGCCCCUGCAGCAGCAGCCACCACCGGACGCGGAGGAGAGACGGUCGGAGGGAGGCAAAGCAGAGCACGGGCAGGACGGCGAUGAUGGGCCGGGGCGCAAGGAGUUUGUGGAAGCUCCACCGCCCAAGGUGAACCCCUGGAUCAAAGGCAAUGGGGGCCCCGGGGGGCCGGUGAACGGACAGAUCUCCGCAGAUCCUCCGGCGCCUGCCAAGGUGGUGAAAGCUGGUGCCAAUCGGCCAAGACGAGGCAGCAAGGUUGGAGAUUUUGGUGAUGCCACCAACUGGCCAACGCCUGGAGAGAUUGCCCAUAAAAGCACACCGCCUCCUCAGAAACUGCAGCCAACCAGAAGGUCAUUCGUAAAGAAGGAGAUGAAAGAAGAGAGUGCUGACGGAAAGGAGAACCAAAGAGUAAAAUCUGAUGAGUCCAGUGAGGAGAAGAAUGGGGAUGAUGAUGGUCAGAGAUCAUCUCACAAAAAGAAAGGAAAUAAACACAAGUGGGUUCCCCUGCAGAUCGAAAUGAAACCAGAGGGGCAAAGAGAGAAAACUGCUUCAAGGAACAAUCGUCAGAAUGAGCAACAGCGUCACGCCCUCAACAGGAGUGACCCCAAAGCUUGGUAUCCUGAUAACAAGCAGGAGAGGGACUGGCCUGAUUACGAUGACACUUCCAGUGUGAAAAGUGAAGGAGCGGUCCGAGGUGGCUUCAGAGGAAGAGGCCGUGGACGGGGAAGAGGGAGAGGACGUGGGCGUGGUGGCACUCGCUCUCAUUUUGACUAUCAGUAUGGAUACAGGAAAUUUGACGGUACCGAUGGGCCUCGGGGUCCUAAAUAUUCCAGUAAUAUUACUUACUACUAUGACAACAUGAGCAGUUCGGAGCUGUACAGUGUCGAUCAGGAGCUGCUGAAGGAUUACAUCAAGAGGCAGAUAGAAUAUUACUUCAGUGUGGACAACCUACAGCGAGACUUUUUCCUGCGCAAGAAGAUGGAUUCUGAGGGUUUCCUGCCCAUCGGGUUAAUAGCAAGCUUUCAUAGGGUGCAGGCUCUCACCACUGACGUCGGACUGAUCGUUAAGGCGCUAAAGGAUAGUAAAGUCGUAGAAAUAAUUGAUGAAAAGAUCAGACGGAAAGAAGAUCCCGAUGCUUGGCCUCUGCCCGGCCCUUCUCUCACCGAUGCUUCUCAGACCGACUUCACCCAGCUCAUCAACUGCCCAGAGUUUGUACCUAGGCAAGAAUACCAGAAAGAGACGGAAUCUGCACCUGGCUCUCCACGGACUGCCAGCCCCAAUUUGCCUACUAAAACUGAGGAAGUGAGCAACCUAAAGACUAUGCCAAAAGGGCUUUCUGCCAGUUUACCAGAUCUGGACUCUGAGAGCUGGAUAGAGGUAAAGAAGAGGCCACGGCCCUCGCCAGCCAGAGCAAAGAAGCCAGAUGAUGUGCAGCAGCCUGAAGCACAGACGACACCUGCCCCAGUGACGACCCCGAAACCGCCCAAAGAGCAAGAUGAACCGGAAGAGCUGGACUUUAUGUUUGACGAGGAGAUGGAGCAGAUUGAUGGCAGGAAGAACACCUUCACUGACUGGUCGGAUGAGGACUCUGAUUAUGAGAUUGAUGACCGGGAUGUAAACAAAAUCCUUAUUGUCACUCAAACCCCACCGUCACUGCGCAAGCAUCCUGGAGGAGAUCGGACUGGCAACCAUACGUCUCGGGCGAAGAUGAGUUCAGAAUGGGCCAAAGUAAUCAAUGAUGGUCUGUACUACUAUGAGCAGGACCUGUGGACGGAGCAGUUUGAGCCAGAGUAUUCACAGAUCAAGCAAGAGGUGGAGAACUUCAAAAAGGUGAACAUGAUCAGUCGGGAGCAGUUUGACAAUUUAACCCCAGAACCACCUGUCGAUCCAAAUCAAGAAGUUCCACCUGGACCUCCGAGAUUUCAGAAAGUUCCCACUGAUGCCUUGGCUAAUAAACUGUUUGGUGCUCCUGAACCCUCCACAAUUGCCCGCUCCCUACCAACCACAGUUCCUGAAUCUCCAAAUUACCGCAAUGCUCGGACGCCCCGUACGCCUCGGACACCCCGGUUGAAGGAUCCCACACUUACUCCUCGGUUUUACCCUGUUGUCAAGGAGGGCAGGACGAUCGAUGCCAAGACGCCUCGAAAAAGAAAAACACGUCACAGCUCUAACCCUCCCAUGGAAUGCCACGUUGGGUGGGUGAUGGAUUCAAGGGAACAUCGACCACGAACUGCCUCUGUCAGCUCCAACGCCAGUCCCUCUGAGGGUGCCCCAGCUUUGAGCAACUAUGGAUGUACACCUCAGUCUCUGCCAAAGUUCCAGCAUCCUUCUCAUGAGCUGCUGAAAGAGAAUGGAUUCACACAACAUGUUUACCACAAGUACCGCCGACGUUGCCUUAAUGAGAGGAAACGGCUAGGCAUUGGCCAGUCCCAGGAGAUGAACACCCUCUUCCGUUUCUGGUCUUUCUUCCUUCGAGAUCACUUUAACAAGAAGAUGUAUGAAGAAUUCCGGCAGCUUGCUGUUGAGGAUGGAAUGGAAGGCUACAGGUAUGGCUUGGAGUGCCUUUUCCGAUAUUACAGCUAUGGCCUAGAGAAGAAGUUCCGAGUGGACAUAUUCAGGGACUUCCAGGAAGAGACCAGGAGGGACUAUGAGACAGGUCAACUGUACGGACUUGAAAAAUUUUGGGCCUUUUUGAAAUAUUCCAAAGCCAAAAACCUGGAUAUUGAUCCAAAGUUGCAGAAAUUCCUGAGCAAAUUCCACCGGCUAGAGGAUUUCCGAGUAGAUCCACCAAUGGGAGAGGAUGCAGGCUCCAGGAGGCGUUCCUCUCUGUCAGCAGGUGAAGGUAGGAGAAGAUAUCCUUCUCAGUCUUCCAGCAAAGGCUCAGGUCACCAGUCAUCAAAUAACACAACUAAGGAGGACACCAAAGGCCAAAGCCAACCCUCAUCUGCCACCUUGGAUUCCGAAACGUCAAGAGGAGGAAAUUAGAAAGCUUGGAAACAAUGAUGGUUUUUCUUGGGAGGGGGGGUGAAGAUGUGGGAGAUUUCCUGGCCGUGGGGAGGAACGUAUGAUUCACAAACUGAGUGGGACUUCCCUCCACUUCCCACUGGAAAUAAUUCUACAAAAAUCAGAGACUCCAUGUGCUGGAGAAAACUGACUGAUCCCAUGGCUUUCCUGCAAGGGUGGCGGAUGCUUAUCCCAAAACAAAGAAUUUUAGUUUGCUUAGGGAUAUAAAUUUUAGUUUUUCUUUUAGCAGGAACCUGGAGGAAGGGGCUCGUGUUAGGGAGAAAUUUUUUUUUUUUUUCCUUUUUAAAUUAUUGACAUGCCCUGCCUCUGAGCAGGGGGCUGCCUGGGUGGCAAAAUGAGUGCAGGCCUCAUCUCUGCUCUGAUUGCUGAUUGGACGACCAGAACUUUGAUGGUACAGGCUUUGAAAGAACAAGAUGUCAUCACACACGUCUCUGGUGGAAAGUUUGAAGCCUGUUGGAGUUCACCUGCUGUCAUCUUGCGGCUCUGAGAGGAUUCUCUUCCGGUUGCUACGUGGAGGAUCUAGCAGUUGCUCACCAGAUGGCGCUGUAUCUCUUGGUUUCAUUUGCAAGUUCUUCACAGCUCGUUGCUUUCACGACAGCCCUGCUUUUAUUUUUAUUUUAUUUUCCUUUUUAAAGAUAUAUAUAUAUUUUUAUUUGUUUUUUGUUUUAUUGUUACUUCAGACUGUGAAAGAGAAAACUACAGAAGACUUUACUAGCAAAUGGCUGCAAAAGAAAAAUGGUAAAAAAAAAAAACUUAAAAAAAAAAAUAUAAAAAAAAACUGCCUUCACUUUCCCUUUAAAAUUAUUGUAAGCGAUGAUUAAACACAGUACAAAAAGUUGCCUUAUUGUAACCUUGAAACUUGCAGAGAGCUGCCGUUUUCCAAAAAAUUGGCAGCAGUCAAUCAAAAGCAAAGAAUGCAGAGCGGUGACAACACGUGGCAACAAAUUCACGCCCUCUCAUCACUGCCACCCAUUUCAGAUCUCUUUGUCGCUUGCUGUCUCCAGAGGAUUGUUACUGGGUAUUUACAGAACUGUUUCACUCAAUGCAGAGAAUGACCGUCACCCCCCCUCCUUCCUUUUUUUUUUUUUACCUUAUCCCCUUGAAUUAUGGUCAUUGGGUAUUGGCGUGUGUACACAUAUGUAUAGGCGUGUAUACCUUUUUAUAUACGCAUGUAUACAUAGGUGUAUACACACUUUGUGGGUUGGUUGUUGUGCAUCUGCUGUGUCCUUUUUAGGCAUAUAAUUCUACCAAAUGUUAGGAAAAGUCCCCAACAUUUUCUCGACUGAUCAACCAUGUCACUGCCACAUUGUCAUCUGGGCUUUUGAAAGCUGGUACGUCUGAUAAGAAAAAUAUAUACCACCAAGUAGGACGGCUGCUUCUCAAAGGUUGACGGAGAGCAGUUCAAACAAGGUGCAGAAUCCUUUUGUAUGUUUUCGGCCAGGCAUAAACUGCCAUUCCUUGCAAUGUGAACUGACAUUUCCUACUCUAGGUUGGGUCAAGGCAAGCAAUAGGGGUAUCCCCUCAGAAGGUAAAUGUGAUGCCAUGUGACAAACUUAAUGUUAUGAUCCUCAAAUUACUGUAUUCUCCCGUGGCUUUCACACACCACAUAACGAAUGGUCCCUAUGCAUUGGUCAGUUUUGUUUUACAAGAGUCUCAGAUUUCAACAUAAACUUGGCGUCCCCACGCGGGCAGCCAUUUUGUGAGCUGUUUGUAUUCAUUGCAAAGUGAUCAUGAUCUCAGCUCACAGAAUUGCUUCCCUGCUAUUUUCCGAUUCAGCAGCCGCUGACAUCGAGAGGUCGUCAUUUCCUUAAUUUUUUUAUUUUUUGUACUCCUUUCGAGUACUCGUUCUCACUGCAAGCUGUAAUUAUCCAGUUGGGUUUCAUUGCAUAAAAUUUAGGGCUGGAUCCUUAAGGAAAUAUAAUGCUGGUGACUUAAUGGAGGCAGAUGGUUCCCUUCGUAUUCCCUGCAGCGGAAAAGUAAAAAAAAAAAUAAAGUUCACCAUUGCUGGUGUCUGGGUACCGGCAUUUCCCUACUUUUCUGUUAGCGGUCUUUUGUGGAGUGUGGUUGAGGGGUAGGAAUGAGUGUAUGUAACCCUCAGAAUCCCUUUGAAGACAUCUUGAUGGUGCUUUAAGACAACCUCUCAAUACCCCUCCUUUUUUUAUAUUUAUGCAGUGGAAAGGGUAAAUCGUAACCCAAUAUAUGCUUUCUUUUUUUGUUGGGAGGGAAGGGUAUGUUUGCGCUAAGAAAACAUAUAUCUUCUAUUAUGUAUAGAUAUAUAUAGAUAUUGGUCAUGACUACAUGGUUACACCCUUAUUUGGCCUAAUUUUCUUUGUAAUAUGUUCAGGGUUUUUUUUUUUUGUUUGUUUUAAUUGUUCCUCUCUUUGAAUUUUGAUAUUUGAGGGGAAAAAAGUGGGGAAAAAAUACAAUUUCCAAAUUUGUUGCACCUUAAACAAGAUUUUUGACUAUUCUAGUACUGGUAGAACUUUACUGGUACUGAGCUACCUAGUGCCGGUACAGGGAAUCUUUAUACCAUUGCCUACUUUUGAGCAGCUUCCUCAAAAGCUACCUGGUGCGUAAUUGGUAUUCUAGUGGCAUUUUUAGCCCUGGGAUGGGCUUCACUCCCCACUUGUUAGGGACAACACACUAGGCUUUACAACUGUUCUAGAUAACUCUUGGCUUCCAGAUAAUCGGGUUCUGGCAUUGUCAUAAUCUCCAAUUAGCCCCCCAUGCAAUCACAUGCCGACCUCAAAAUACCAUACACAUGCAAAGAUUUGACUCCAUGCUGCAAGCUGCUUUCCCUCAACAUGGAAUGCUACAAGUACCUACUCCUGACCCUUAUAGACCAAUAAAUAAUUAAAGAACAGAAAAAUUAAAACCUAAAAACAACAAAAAAAUAAAAAAAAAUGUAAAAUACUUGAAUGAGCGCUUGUAUUAUAACAUUAAUAUUAUUCAGAGUAUCCAUUCUUAUUGCGUUAUGAUUUUGCUUAUAGCUGUGCUUUAGUCAUGGUAAUUUGUGGUAAUUCUACUUUUUCCUUUUUAAUACAAAAAAAAUGUAUAAAAAUAAAAACCUUAAAAGACCAAA